CUUGAACAAUUUGACGUCACAUUUUGCGCGCCUUCUUCAGUUUGCGCGGUCGGCGUUUCCACUUGUUCCCGCCUAAAUGUGCCGGGGCGAUACGUGACACUGGUGACACGUUUAGUCGUUUUUGCACUGCUUUUGGCAUUUGCCCUCCGUUUGCAAUUUGCGCAUUGUUUCGCAUAACAGAUAGCAAUGCUUGUCAUAGGAUCCUGUGAUUUGCCGGUCAGCCACAAACCGAUGGGUCAAAUUCAGCUUAUCAUCGGCCCCAUGUUCUCGGGCAAAACGACCGAGCUGAUGCGGAGGCUGAAACGUUACGAGGUCGCAAACCACAAGUGCUUAAUAGUCAAGUACGCGGGCGACACCCGCUAUGAUGUAGAGAACAUAAGCACGCACGAUAGGCAAGCCAUGGCUGCUGUUAAAGCGACCACACUGUCAAAUCUCAGGGCCACGUCAUCUGACUUCAGGGUCAUCGGAAUUGAUGAGGGACAGUUCUUUCCCGACAUAGUGGAGUUUGCGGAAGACAUGGCAGAUGCUGGAAAGGUUGUGGUCAUCGCAGCCUUGGAUGGAACAUAUCAGCGUCAGGGGUUUUCAAACAUUCUUACGCUUGUCCCGCUGUCAGAAAGUGUCAUAAAGCUUUCUGCUGUAUGCAUGUUAUGCUAUGCGGAAGCAGCCUACACAAAACGUCGAGGACAGGAGAAAGAGGUUGAAAUCAUUGGAGGUACUGAUAAGUACAUGGCCGUGUGCCGGGCUUGCUACUCUCAGGAUAACAACACACCUCCAGAAGAAUGCUAACGUUCACCGCACUGCACGUUUGUCGCAAGAUUUUGCCCAGUGACGCGCGAAUGCUUCAUGACCAUUGCCAAGAAUUUGUUUUGUACGAACACCUGUGAUUGUCCCUUGUCAGUCUUCUGUUAUGCAUCGUCACAUGACUUGUACUCUGUGGAACAAUAUGUGCGCAUAAAGCAACAAGAGCGCAUAAAGCAACAAGAGUGGCUAACCCACCUGCAAUUUAAUCAGCAUGUUCACAUGACUGUUGCUUGGCUGCAUUCAUGUUGUUUUAUGUACAAGUGCUCUCAUGUGUAUAUAUAUAAUCAUUAUGCAUCAUAAAUUUUUAAUACUAUCACUUUGCGGAGUGUCUACGCAUGACUGUAUCAUAUCUGUAAAUGCAACAGCAUGUCCUUGCUGCACUUCUCAGCAGCUUGUCCUUGUGUAUCACAAUAUGAUCUCAAAAUGUGCAUAAUUCAGUCAUUAAAUAACGACAAUGAACGGGCAUAAUAAAUGUUUGCUUUGGGAAUUCAUUUUACCUAGAGGCCCAUGAAUUAUCAAAAAUACACAUUCCUGUUAAAGAGGUCCUGAACCACCCAUUGGGCUUGGUGAAAAAACGCACUUCACGGAUAGUAUAUGCUGCUGUUAACAUCUCAGCCUAAUUUUGCAGUUGCGCGCAGUGCGUGGAGCUACCAAGCGGAGCAUGAAGCCGUCUUUCUUUUUAAACGCUCUUUUCAACAAAAACCUUCUCUCCAUUCAGGCAUUAUACUUUAUCAUAUCAGCAUAUUCCCAGAUGCAGUUGCUAUUGGUGAGUAGCUGACAUCAAUCGAGAGGGUUGUUUGGAUCAGUGCGCUUCUUCCUACUGUUGCUGUGUGUAUAUGACAGUUUAAUAAACAGGCUAAAAUAAUUGAAGCGGGGUUUGGGUGUGGGCUAGUUGGUAUUCCAUUGUUUUAAACAUCACUUACAGCGCAUACGUAUGCGGGGACCAAAUAAAUGAUGUUCUUUUGGUCCCUGUCUAUGUACGCGUUGUAAGUGAUGUUCGAAACAAUAAAAUAAAUGAACAUGUGCGUUCCAGUUUCAAUAAGAAUUAAGUGUGAUGGCGAAUAGAAAGUCCUUGCCCCUGUUUUAUUUAGCCAACUUACGCUUGUAAAUGCGAAGUCUACAUAUCUGUUUCCAACGGUAGACCUUUCUUGGAUCGGCCUGGCCUUGUCUAACGGUGGCUCCACGGCACAGCGCUGCUGUCAGUUGUGCUUCACAUGUCCAAGGUGUACGAGCAAUUAAGUGUGAUUCAUUUUCUAUG